CUGUAUUCUGUCCUACAAGACAAAGAGCACUUUGAGAAGCCAGAAGAGUUUUAUCCUCAGCAUUUUCUGGAUUCAGAGGGAAACCUUGUUAAUAUUGAAGCUUUUAUACCAUUUUCUGCAGGUAAGAGAAGUUGUGCUGGAGAAAACUUGGCUAAAAUGGAACUGUUCCUCUUCUUUACCACACUGCUGCAAAACUUCACUUUUCAGGCUCCACCUGGAGCAAAACUGGACCUCACAGGUGCUGUUGGCUUCACAACCCCUCCAAUGAAGUAUGAAAGCUGCGCAAUUCCUCGCAAUUAA